AUGGAGUCCUCCACUUCCACGUCAGCCCCAGUUGCUUCACUCGGAAAGACUGAGUUCUACCGACCACAGCAAUCUGUCUCAACUUGUGACUACCUGACGGACUCUGACCCAAACAUCUGGAACCCCGACUGCCCAGAGCCCCCUCAAGACUUCGAUUGGACAUCUCUCGGUCUUGACGCCCUUGGCACUCAGCUUCUUCCAAACCAGUCUCAACUGUUCGGAGACAGCCCCUUGGACCUUUCUUCAACUGUGAACACGACCAUGGGGUCCAACGGGCCAAGCCAACUCUUUACUGAUGCAUCUCUUCAUCCCCACUCCACUGGUCACCUCACUCCACCUCAUACCACCAACGCAGCUCUGUCCUAUACCAUGAACUUGCCUACCUCCAACGCCAACUCCUACAGGCCUGAAACUUCACCAUCUCAUUCCUCAGCACAUUCGGAUGAUGCCUUAGCCUCCAAGGAGGACGCCGGCGCCAAGCGCCAGCGCAACACUAUGGCUGCGCGGCGUUAUCGCCAGCGGCGUCUCGACCGCAUGGCUGACCUCGAACGUCAGCUGGCCGAGAUGACUGCGGACAGGGAUGACCUCCGCGUGAAGCUUGCACGACGAGAGGCUGAGGUUGAUGCCCUGAGGGAUGUUCUGACUGCUAAGAAGUGA